CUUAAACUCUCAAAAGCUUCUCUCUCGCCCUCCCUCUCACACUAAUCCGCUAUUACUGAUUCACCGCCAACGCAGAAGAAGGAGGAAGGAAGAUGGCGGCGGGAAUGGAAGAGCCACUGCUGGAGCCGAACCCAGAGAGGUUCUGCAUGCUUCCGAUCAAGUAUCCCCAGAUUUGGGAGUUUUACAAAAAGGCGGAGGCGUCGUUCUGGACGGUGGAGGAGGUGGACCUCUCUCAGGACAUGCGCGACUGGGAGGAGAUCCUCAAUCCGGACGAGCGCCACUUCAUCACCUACGUUCUCGCCUUCUUCGCGGCUUCCGACGGGAUCGUCCUCGAGAACCUCGCCGUCCGUUUCCUGAAGGAGGUCCAGGCCGCUGAGGCCCGCGCGUUCUACGGCUUUCAGAUUGCCAUCGAGAACAUCCACUCGGAGAUGUAUUCCCUUCUACUGGAGACCUACAUCAAGGACCCCGCCGAGAAGCAUCGCCUCUUCCACGCCAUCGAGACCGUCCCCAGCGUCACCAAGAAGGCCGACUGGGCGAUCCGGUGGAUACAGGGCUCCGAGUCGUUCGUCGAGCGCCUCGUGGCCUUCGCCGCCGUUGAGGGCAUUUUCUUCUCCGGCAGCUUCUGCGCCAUCUUCUGGGUCAAGAAGCGCGGACUCAUGCCUGGCCUCACCUUCUCCAACGAGCUCAUCUCCCGCGACGAGGGUCUGCACACCGACUUCGCCUGCCUCCUCUACAGCCACCUGAACCACCGCCUCGAGGAGCACCAGGUGCAGCGGAUCGUCACGGACGCCGUGGAUGUCGAGCGGGAGUUCAUCUGCGAGUCCCUGCCGGUGGCGCUUGUGGGGAUGAAUGCGGACCUCAUGUCGCAGUACAUCGAGUUCGUGGCUGACCGGCUGCUGGUCGCGCUCGGCUGCGAUAAGGUGUACAAUGUGGCCAAUCCGUUCGACUGGAUGGAGCUUAUCUCGCUGCAGGGGAAGACCAACUUCUUCGAGAAGAGGGUUGGGGACUACCAGAAAGCUUCUGUUAUGAGCAGCGUCACUGGAGGCAAAGAGGGUGGAACCCAUGCGUUCAAAUUGGACGAGGACUUUUGAAAAGAGUGCUUAACUGAGGUUGGGGAGUUCGAUUUCCUUUUGGCCCUCCCUUGUCGUCAUCGUCCUCCUCAAUUUUCCACACCCCUGCUUUGCCUCUCUGCUGCAUCUCUUUCCCUUUUCCACAAUGUGUGUUGUAGCUUGUUAAGCUGACUUUUCUUCUCUUUCCUUGUCGAAUGAGGGUUUUUUUAUAAAUAUAUGUUGUUUUUCUC